CGUGCAAGAACAGCGGCUGAAAAUUUUGCCCACGGUUUAUCAUGAAGUUUACUCGUGUGAAUAUUGAAGAUUUUGACGAUCAAGUCAAGCAGGCCUUGGACAACUAUAAAAAGGUGUUCGUGUUGUUCUUUGGUAGCGAGGAACCUGACACUCACGAAUCAUGGUGUCCCGAUUGUGUUAUUGCUGAUCCUCUUAUUCGUAAAUCUGCUUUGCCCGUUGCUGAUGCUAUUCUUCUCGAGGCUCCUGUCGGCCAUCGCGGCGACUGGAAAGGUAAUGCUUCGCAUCCUUACCGUGUUCGCUUCCAAGUUCCUGCUAUUCCCACUUUGUACAAGUGGUCUACUAACGGUCCCGGAGAAAGCCUUGUUGAAGAAGCCUGUGCUGAUCCUGCCAAACUCGAAAGCUUUUUCAAUAACUAAAAAUAAAGUGCAUUGCGUUUUUCAACCCUAAUUGGCAUGUAUUUGCAGUUCGGGAUCAUGGGUAUGUCUCAGCCAAUAUAAAAUAACCUGACCCCGUCGGGUUUCGGCACCCCGACGCGC